AUGGCCAAUGCGGCACCCAAAAGCGGCUUCUCGUUCAGGCAGCGACAGCUGCUCACCAAACGUGGGUGCUGGUUGGGUCGGACUGUUAAGCGGUGGUGCCAGGUUGAAAAGGAUGAGCUGGUCUAUUACGCAAGUCGCGAGGCAACAGUGCCGAGGGGGAGGGUUGCCCUCGCAGAGUGUGCUCUCGGCCGCGACCACGAUCAGCUGGAGGCUUGGCCAAAAGCCCAGGCUCCCAUCUCGAAGAUGUUGCAGCUCGUGCGACCGGGCAAGAGCCCCCUCCUCAUCUACGGAGCGUCGGCUGAAGAAAUGGUUUCAUUCGUCGCCUUCAUACUCAGCUGCAAGAAAAAGCCAGCUUCUGAAGCCUUGCCAGACUUGCCGGCAUCUCCAACAAUGCCUGAGAUACCUCCCAUAGGUCCGCAGUUCAUGCCGUAUUCCAGAAGCCGCGAGCCGGAGACAACUUUGGCACGAAUAGCUUCGCGGACGUCCGAAUGGUCAGCUCCUGUUCCGGAGGAGUUAUCCGAAGGCGUCGAUGCAUCACCUGCAAGCAGUAGCUCCACUGCAAAGGUCCGGCAAUCUCAAGCAUCCGUGUUCCACGAGGUUGUGCAUGGUUUGGGUCCAAAGCUGGCCUACAGAAAGGCGAUGGAACUGAUGUGGAAUUAUGACCUGGAAGCUGCACAUGUGCUGCUGGAGCCAUGGAGGGCUUCAAUUCUUUGGCAUGCUGCAGCUUAUGCAGAGUGCUCGCUUUUGCGAACGGUUCUAACCGGUCGGAAGAGUGACGCGCUCGUGACUCUGGAACUGAUCAAGGCAGCAGAACUCAUGCGCGACAACUUUCCCGCUAGCCUGCCUCACGAGAUUUUUACAGCAGAAAUUCUGUUGAUGCGGAGCAUGCUGCAGGUGAUGCUGGGCCAGCGUUUGCGUGCCUUAUACAAUCUGCGACAAUCCUGGUACGCAUACUUUCGUCUUGAGCAAGUGCUGGAGACUGAUGCCGAUCUUCGGGCGUGUGCACGUGAUGUCGAUUGUGUCAUGACAUACGAGGACUUGAGGGGGCGCAUUUUGUUUGGCAUCGGCUUCUUCUACAUGGCGACCUCCCUCAUCCCUGCCAGCUUGGUGCCUUUGAUUCGCUUGGCAGGGUUCGUGAUGCACAGGCAGAGGGGGAAAAUGUACCUCUUUGAAUGUGUCGAGCGUGCACUUGGCACACGGUCAGCUCCUGCAGCUAUCCUACUGGCAAUGUACCACUUGGACUUGGAGCCAGACAUGAAGCAUGCCGGCAACAUACUGAUCGCAAGCCUGGGACGGCAGCCUGAGAAUGCCUUGCUGCAUUGGGCAGGCUCCUUACUGGCCUGGCGAAACACAUUCAUGGCACAGGCAGUGUCGAUCACCAGCAAGGCUCUCUGGUGCUGUGGAGAGGAGCUGGGUGAGAAGGCGGUCUACCUCAGGUAUGAGCUGGGCAUGUUCCACUUCAUUGCCAUGGAAUGGUCAAAAGCUCACGAGCAUUUCAGCUGCGUAUACAACUCCGUCAACUCUGACAAGGUCUUCUUCCCGUACCGCUCGCUGGUCACCACCCAGCUUGCCGCUGUGGCCUUCAGCAUGGGUUGGGAUGAGCAGGGCGAGAAUCUGUGCAAGGAGUGUGCAGCUAUGCAGGAUUGGAGUGCGUUGCUGAAGUUGGAAUCUGACUUUGCAAGAAUUUUGCAGAUCUUUCUGCGAAGGCGGCGAUGGCGGCGUCAAAUGUUGGCCUUCGAGGUAAUGUACUUCCUUCGCCAGUUUCCGAAGGUUCCUGCGCAAAUGCUGCUUGCAUUGAAAGACAAUGUUCGGAAGGCUAUGAUGCCCUUCGAUGAGAACGCGGAGCAGAGCGAAAGUGAUGGCGAGAACAUGGUGGAGAUGGCAAGCGCCCUUACAAUCCAAGUCGUGAUCUGCUUCUACCUCGGUGAUGCGGAAGCGGCAAUGAUUUUCAUCCCUGACCUUUCGCAGCUAUGCCCUCAACUCCCCUCCUGGGCGACGUACUUAUCGGCCCAUGGCCUUUAUUGGUGUGGUCGCAUCCUUGCUCUGACGGGCAGGGACGUUGAUGCGCAGGCUUGCUUCCAGCAAGCCAAGUCAUAUAAAAAGUAUCCUUUCAACAUCUCCGUCAAGAUCUCCAAGGUGCUGGCGGAGCAUGAGGAGCAAAUGGCGCAGCAAGAAGAGCUGACCAGUAGUGCUUGUUGA